CGGCUGGCCAUCUGUCCAUUUCGCUGCCUUAGCUGCACGUGGGAGGGGGGUUUCUGGGCAGCUUUUACAUCAGAUUUCGUCGAGUUGGACAGGUCUGUACCGAAAUAUGGCAUGCAGAUGAAGUGAACCUGUCAGUUGUUGUCUUCACGUUCCUCGCGCAGCUGUACAGCAAAAAAAAAAGCCGAGGUUGGUUGCCUUCAUUAAAAAUAAAUAAGACUGUCUGGAAGCCAUGGAGCCUUGGCACCAUUUCAUCCUCCUCCUGAUCAUCAUGGUCACCAUGCUCCUCCUGCUGGCUGGAGUCAUCCUCUCGGUCCUCUGUUACUGCAGAGAGAAAAGCCGUAAGUGGAAGGAGCAGACACGGUCAGCAGUGCCACGGAUCGUCUACAAAGACCAGACCACCUCCACCAGUAACAUCAGUGCCAUCUUGGCCCUCAUCAGGACCUCCACAGGGGUCCAGAGCUGCGAAACCCAGACCAGUCUCGUGGACGACUGUAGACAAUGGAGUCGUACGGGAAGCUGCAGUAAGUCUAACCUGGCCACCUGUGCUUCCUCCACGCUAAGUAGCAAGAGCCAGGGUUUGUGCAGCAUUAGUCUUGCCCUCACACAGGAAAAUCUAGGCAACAGCCAAGGAUCCAACAGGCUUUUGGACCCCACUGCUUCUGAUGUGACUCCCCUGGGGCGCUGGAGAACAGAGUACGAACAGAGCCUCAUGAGUGGGGUUCAGAGAAUGCCCGACUCCACUGGAACUAUGGAAAGUGGCACACUGGCCAUGGAGAAACCCUCCUGCUGUUUCGCCAGACUCCAGAGCAGAAGGUUGAGCUCCUCCAGAAGUGGGACUAGUCCCGAAAUCCUACCAGCACCUCUGGAAUCUCCUGUUAUCCCUGAGGCUUCCCGUAGCCAGACCAACAAAACUUCCAGCCUGCCCAGGGAGCUGAGCUAUUGCACCUCAGGUAGCUCCAGGAUCCACGUGUCCCAGGCAAAAGACGGAACCUCAUCUAGAAGCCACUUGACCCAGGAGAUGAGCCUCAAGAGCUCAGAAGGAAGUUCAUCUAAGAAAGCAGAGCAAUCCAUGUUUUGCGGGCUGCUGGAAUCCAGCUCAGUCCCGUGCACUUUGACAAGACCUGAGCCUGCCACCAGCAGGGUGGAAGGGGGUGCUGGGCAUGUGUUAUCAGAGCAGUCUCUACUAGAGAAGGCAAGGUCCAGCUGCCUUUUUCAGCCAAGAGCGUGGUUCAUCUCCUGGGGGGACACGCUGAAACCAGCUCUGACGCAGCAGGAAGAAAAGGGGGGCAGUGUUGAUUCCGGGGUGGACGUUUUCGAGAACUUUUACAGGAGAGUGGGCCGAUCUGCCGAGGUGCAGGCUCCGAUCCAAAAGGCAGGGCACAGGAAUGCCACUGGUGCCGCUGGGGUACAAAUAAGGUCUGAAGAUGGGCGCUUGGGUUCAGGUGAAGUACAGAAAUGGAGAGGUUCUCUUGAGCAGCAGCCUGACGGCAUGGGCCAGCAAGGGAACAAGGCUGAGAAGGAAGUCCUGAUCAGCCCCAGGGAGGCAGUGGAAAAGUUAGGAACACCCCAGUAUGGAAGCAAGAGGACUCUAUGGCAAAAGUGGGAGGACAGACCACUUAUUGCUAUCAACUGAUGUACAGUAAAUUAAUCAAGUUUGAAUUUCAAGAACAUGGUGUCUGAUUCAGGGCAUUUUGUAGUUAGAUCAUGUAGCAAGUCUUUUUUUUUUUUUCUGAGCUCAACAAAAAUAUUGGAGGCUGUCCUGAAACUUGGUUGCAGGGCUGCUUGUGUUGUGCAGCCAGAUUUCAGUGUUUUCAUAGAUAGUCAAAAAGUUUAAUUGUAUGGUCCAUCCAAGAGCCUGCUGAUUCAGUUCUAUACAUUUUUCUUAUGGUGUUUAGCACUUCAUUUACAGAAAGCUAGAUAUCCUAACUGAUGGGGAGCUCAGGCCAACUGAGUAAAACACUGGAGGGAAACAAAAGGAUAAAAUCGCCCGCUCCCUCCCCAAGGAAUUGAACUGGAGCUUGAAAGAGCGUGACACGAGCUACCUCACGACAGCUCGGUGUCAUCUUCUGAAUUAAGUUUUUAUUCUUUUUAAACGCCACUCAUGCUGCCCUUUUAUGUAUGUGAAUGUUAUUUAUUCAAUUUUUAACAACCAUUCAGUGUCAAUUUGUGCAAUAAAAGUUCAUUGACGGU